UCAAACAACACAAUCGCCAUCUUGACAGCACCCUCAAAAUGGCAGUAAGAUGCGAGCUAGAAACCGAGUCCAAACUAAGAUUCCUGCUCUCGGCCGUUUAACAACUGACUCGACAGUUUUUCUGUAAACGAGUGGUUAUGGGGUUGGUGCCCCGCGCGGCAGCACAGAGCCUGUAAAAUGGAUAUACCGACUGCGGUUUUCAACGCGGCCAGAGAUGGUAAGCUGAAACUUAUCCAGAAGUUGCUGAGCAACAAAACUCCAGAGGAGCUGGAGGCUUUAGCCGAGGAGAAGACACAGGGAGGCACCCCGCUGUUGAUAGCCUCUCGGUACGGACACUUAGAGGUUGUGGACUACCUCCUUGAACAUUGUAAAGCGAAUGUUGAACUCGGGGGGGCGGUUAACUUUGACGGCGAGACCAUCGAGGGGGCUCCGCCGCUGUGGGCAGCUUCGGCAGCCGGCCACCUCCCUGUGGUGAAGACGCUACUGAAACACGGUGCCUCAGUCAACAACGCAACACUAACUAACUCAACGCCGCUCCGAGCUGCCUGCUUCGACGGUCACCUGGAGAUCGUCCGGUACCUGGUGGAGCACCGAGCCGACAUGGAGGUAGCCAACCGCCACGGCCACACCUGCCUCAUGAUCUCCUGUUACAAGGGUCACAAGGAGAUCGCCAAGUUCCUCCUGGACCGUGGUGCUGAUGUGAACCGCAAGAGUGUGAAGGGCAACACCGCCCUGCACGACUGUGCUGAGUCAGGGAGUCUGGACAUCAUGAAGAUGCUGUUAAAGUGCAAUGCUCGCAUGGAGAGAGAUGGAUACGGGAUGACCCCUCUCCUCGCUGCCAGUGUCACAGGUCACACCAACAUCGUGGAGUAUCUCGCCCACCAGCCUCGAACCUCCAGAGAGGAACGCAUCGAUGCACUAGAACUCCUUGGGGCUACUUUUGUGGACAAAAAGCGGGAUCUCCUGGGGGCGAUGAGGUACUGGAGAAGGGCCAUGGAGCUGAGGCAGCCAGGGGACAAAGCUGGGUCCCUGGCCAAGCCUCCACCUGGCCCUCCUAUCCCCGCUUACAGCUGUGCCCAGGAGGUGAGCACUGCAGAGGAGCUGGAGGCUCUGAUCACAGACCCUGAUGAAAUGAGGAUGCAGGCCUUGUUGGUGCGAGAGCGCAUCCUGGGGCCAUCGCACCCAGACACCUCUUAUUACAUCCGCUACAGGGGAGCUGUGUACGCAGACUCAGGCAACUUUGAGCGCUGCAUCAGCCUGUGGAAAUACGCUUUAGACAUGCAGCAGAGCAACCUGGACCCUCUCAGUCCCAUGACAGCCUCCAGUUUCUUGUCCUUUGCAGAGCUUUUCUCUUUUGUUCUUCAAGACCGGGCCAAAGGCACCCUGUCAACACGCGUCACCUUCCAUGACCUUAUGACUGUUCUUGGAAAGAGUGUGAGGGAGGUAGAGAGAGCUGUGGCACAAAGGGACAACCCUCCAGAGGCUCCUCAGUUCACCAAAGCUCUCUCCAUCAUCCUGCACCUCAUCUUCCUCCUGGAGAAGCUGGAGUGCAGCCCCGAGCAGGAGCACCAGAAGAAACACACAGUGUACCGCCUGCUCAAGCUGAACCCCCGGGGCCGUAACGGCUUCACUCCUCUCCACAUGGCCGUAGACAAGGAGACCACGUCUGUGGGCCGCUACCCUGUGGGCCGCUUCCCCUCCCAGGCGGUGGCUGCCCUGCUCCUAGAGUGUGGCGCAGACGUGGAUUCACGCGACAGUGAAAACAACACGCCUCUGCACAUCGCUGCUAAUAACGGUUGUCCAGAGAUUAUGGCACUACUUAUGAAGGCGGGGGCUCACUUUGACGCUACAAAUGCACAGAGGAAGACGGCUUACGAGCUGCUGGAUGAGCAGAGCAGCGGGCACCCGGCCCUCUACCCACUGAACUACGUCACCCUUCAGUGCCUGGCGGCGCGUGCAAUUGAGAAGCACAGACUGCCCUACAGGGGACUCAUCUCUGAGGAGAUGGAGGCUUUCAUUGAGCUGCACUGACUUCCACUACUGUCCCCUGAUGAGACACACCUGCACUACUCUUCCUGUUGUCCCCCAUACCUUACUAUGACCCGCCAAAAAAGUCCCCCUCCACACCAUUCUGCUCAUCUCUUGUCUCCUUUUGACCUCUGCUUCGCUCCUGGCCCUUCCAACCUUGUGUCAGACCAAACCAUAGCAAUACACAUCAGCCUGUGGGCUUAAUCUCUGGCUGAGAUCUGGUCAGUUAUCGCCUGAUUUUAACGUUACAUCACACAGACUCUCAAAGUGAUUGUACUGCUAUUUAAAGCUGGAUAAAACUUCAUCUUGACAUAGGCUUUAAUGCAUCUUCCCUGUUUUUGUCCCAGUGAAAAGGAGACUUACAGUAUGAGGGUGCUUGUGUGUGUUUGGUGGUGGCUGCACUGUAUGAACGAUGGGUUUUAGUAUUACUGACAGGAAAGCAUCUGAUCAAACUAGCCAUGCAUGAAGAUGAAGAGUGAAUACGGUAGCUCACUUGUUGUUUUGCAAGUUCAUUCAGACCAGUAGUGUUUGAACAAGCUCAACCACUCAAACUUGCUCGCUGGCAAUUUUUAGCUGGUUUCGCCUGUUCACAUAUUACCAUCUGCUAUGUUUCUUUGAUCCGGGAGGGUGUUUUGAAUUUACUGUGCCAAAUGUCAGCCUCGGAGCCAUGUUCUGUUACAGACUGUAAACUGGUGGCAAAAUAAAAAGCGACUAACUUAUCCUCCUAAUUAUAAGCAGAAGUGAUAACCUAAAGUGGAAAUGUGCAUAAAGGAGAUCAGGAUGUUGAGGAUGAGCGGUGUCCUCAGUGAGAACAGCUGGUUCCAUUGUUGAGCUAACAGUCCCCAGUCUCUACACAGACUUUUAUUACCUAUGCAGUUUGGGAUUCUCCAAUCAGAGGCAACUUUUUCAAGCCAAAAUCCACUACAUAAACAGAUUUUACAGGCUUAUCUUAACAGGAUAAUGACUCUAACCUGAGGCUGCCUCUUUGACUAUGAAUCCUCUGAAUUCACGAAUGUUUUCUAAAACUGUCUGCCUCUGUCUGAAUGAACAAUUUCAAGCAAGAGCCUAAAGUGUGCCUACACCCCGUUACUUCUGGGUACUGUCAACAUCAACAAAGAUAUCUGAUUCAUUAACAAAGAAGCAGCAUCAGAGCCGGAGUAUUUUGUGAUUAAACCCUCUGGUUUCUGUCUACGGGGAAAAGCCAACUGUCAGUUCUGUUCUGGAUUGAAUUUUCCCUUUAACCUCAGAUGCAGUUCACAGAAAUGGAACCGGCCAUUCCUGCAUCUUAGUCUUAUUUUUAAAUAGUUUCUCUUUUGUUAAUCUUGUGUUAUCAUGAAUGUUUUAUCUGUCCUGUCCGUGCUAAGCACCACCGAGUUGAAUGCACACCGAGAGGCUCUAAAAUCCUAAAUAGACGACUUAACAUUCAGGCUAUGAACUGUGGCUGCCUUUCUCUUUCUCAACUGAUUCGUUUAACUGAUGAUAACUCGAGAGCAAAAGGACGUUGGAGAUACUUGAAUAAAAUUCAGUAUCGCAACAC